UUCUGCUGCUAUAUCCGCAUUGGGUUGAGCGAUUGCUGUUUUCAAUACGUGAUACUGUAGUCUUAGGAUACCUAUACUACCAUAAAAGGCAGCAGCUCAGUCGAUGACCCUGUUGGCGACCGUGGGAGACGACAGCCUCGUGAACCCGAUCCACAUUGACACAAAACGCCUUUGUGUAUAGCUAGUUCUGAAAUUUUUGCCUAGGGCCUGGACGGUGGAUUCAACGGCAGAGGCCUUUUACGGUAAAAUACGGUGCUUUGGAGGUCUGUCAAGGUCUGCAGGGGCCUAGUAAGACCUAGCUCACAUCCAAACUGCCGAUCACAGCAGCACGUGUUCAGCCAGGCACGAAACAAGACAGCACGUGUUUCAGCCAUGCCUGGGAAAUUUGUGUUCUCACUGGCCAAGCCGGAGCUCUUCAACCAGCCUGCCUAUCUAGCUGCUAUCCAUGAGAGCCGGAAGCAGAAGCCACCAGCUGAACUCUACGUGUCAUACGGCCCCGAGGACAUGGGCGUUGCCAUGGUGAUCAAGGUAAACAACCGUCACGAAUGGAACCUGGUGCUGCCCACCGACCCAAACAAGUACGCGCUGGAGUGCGGCUUCACGUACGGCAUCACCUCGCGGCGAGCCAUCUGGGACUUUGUGCGGCCGCUGCUGCUGGCGGUGUGUCGCAGCAGCCCGGGCGCCUUCGAGCUGUUGUGGGAGGAUGAUGACCUGGGGGACGUGGUGGAGGUGGGGCGAUUCGACCCGGCUGCGGGGCCGCAUGGAGACCUGGUGGUGGUGCACCGCGGGUUGCCAUCCACACAGCAGUUUGAGCAGAUCUCAACUGCAGGGCGGCAGCGGCACUGAGGACGGCAGCGGGGGGUGCGUGCGGGAGGUGGUAAGGGAAACUGGUUUGUGGGCGGUUAGGUGGUGCAGCUUGCAAGGGAGAGCGUUGCGAGAAAGUGGGCUGGUAGGCAGGGGGGGGGUAGGAAGCGGAAAAAUAGACCCCAACCCUCAAAUCGAAGGCGCUUUGCGUCGGGAUUCCGAAUCUGCUUUCAGAUUUUUGUUUGGAGUUGUACGGAAAAAGUUAUGGGC